AUGUGGAACGACGAAGACAACAACCCGUACGGCACGAGCUUUGACCGCCGCGAUUCGAACGCUUCAUCCUCAGUGAACCCAACCUCACCAUCCGGAACACGCGCGUUCCGCGACGUUGAGCCCGCGCAAACACCCACUUCUGGUAGCGACGAUGAAGGGGCGGAGCCGGCCUUUGGGCCUCGCGGGGACGACAUGAACGACGAAGACGACGAUUAUCCAGCCGAGGAGAGUGUCCCGCCGCGAAAACCCGGCGGCUAUGACAGCCGCAUCGAGCAGAUCCUCUACGAAAACCCAAAGCUGUCCAUCGCCAUUACGGACGCUGGCAAGAGUCUCGAGAGUGGAGGUAGAUAUAUCGUCUAUACGAUCCGCACAGGCGACCUCGAAGUUCGCCGUCGAUAUUCCGAGUUUGCGACACUGCGCGAUGCCCUCACGCGGCUUCACCCGACACUCAUCAUCCCUCCUAUUCCAGAGAAGCAUACAAUGGCGGACUAUGCUGCCAAACCGACGAGCGCGAAGCAGGACCAGCAAAUCAUCGACCUGCGCAAGCGCAUGCUUGCCGUCUUCCUGAAUCGCUGUCGACGAAUGGACGCCGUGCGCACUGACGGCGUCUGGUGGAGAUUCCUCGAUCCCAACGCGAGCUGGAGCGAGGUAUUGCACUCGCAUCCGGUGUCCUCGAUUCCCAAAUCUAUCCUCAAGGCCCCUCCUCUAGAUACGGCAAACCCGUCGGCUGCGCACAACUACUUGCCAGUCCCCUCGAACUCGGCGAAGCUCAAGACAACAGGAGGCGCAUCGUAUGAUCUGGCCGCGUCAGCAGUCCAAGGAGCCCCUGGCGCCGAAGGCAAAUACCCACCCGAGCCCAAUGCUCUGAGCGAACAAGAUCUCGAUACUUAUUUCAUCUCCUACGAGGCGUCCAUCAAGGAACUCGAAAGUCUUCUGACAGGACCGAUGGAGAAGGUCAAUCGUCGAUCACUCAGCCAUCUAUCGUCCCUCGCGGCCGAUCUCUGCGAGCUUGGCUCACGCUUCAAUGCCUUUGCUCUCUCUGAGCAGGCCCCUUCGCUAGGUCCGGCCAUUGAGCGUGUCGGCCAAGCGGCCGACUUGUCAUACAUUGCCACGGAAGAGCUAUCAGGUUCACUGGGCGCCAGCUUCGCGGAGCCGAUGAGGGAGAGCGCACAGUUCGCGGGUGUCGUGAGAAGUGUGCUGAGAUACCGCGCUCUCAAGCGCAUCCAGCAAGAUCUGACUGCGGAGGAGCUGAACAAGAAAAGAGCGCUGCUGGACCAGCUGGAGAGGAGUGAGGCCGAGGCAAGGCGGAUCGAGCAGUAUCUCUCGAGCAGUCAGCAGGUUUCGCCGCCACCAAAGCGCUCGACCAGCCUUAAGGAGCCGUCGACGCAACAGCGGCGAGAUGGAGAAGAUACUGAGUCGAUUGACUCGGAUUUCAGAGGCGCCACCCCCUCUGCCAGCCAAGGACUCCCCGAGAGGAGCGCCAGCGUAACGCAUAGGAAGCUUCCAAGCGGGAACUCUAUUACGAAUAAGAUCUUUGGCCCCAUCCGACAUGCGGUACAGGGGGUGGUUGACGUUGAUCCGGAGCGAACUCGGCGAGACACGAUUGGCAAGACUAGGGAAUCCAUCGGCCAGCUCGAGCAAGCCCAGGUCGCUUCAGAGCGGGACGUCAAGGAGGCGAGCGCCAGCGUCCUGCGUGAUUUGAGGAGGUUUCAGCAUGAGAAAGAGGAUGAUUUGCGGAGAUACAUGCUGGCGUAUGCACGCAGCCAGAUUGAAUGGGCAAACAAGAGCAAGCAGCAGUUAGAAGGGCCUUUGCGAACAAUAGAGGAGCCAGGUAUCAAAGCCGAAGGGGAUUUGCUGCAGACGCUGCGCAGGGAGGUUGCCGAAUUGCUUGGUCGCAACACACUCGGGUUCCCAGGAGCGCAGCCCGUGAGCUUCGGGGCACGUCAUAUAGAGGAGCUUUCAAAGCAAGACUACUAUGUCUGUGAAAAGUCUGAUGGCAUUCGAUAUCUCUUCUACCUCACCCACGACGGUAAAGGCAAUGGCGCAAACUACUUCAUCGACCGGAAGAACGACUUUUGGUUCAUACCAAACCAGUAUCUUCGUUUCCCCCUGAGCGAGAAUCCCACAGGCUUUCACCAAGACACCAUUCUCGACGGGGAAUUGGUGAUCGAUACCUUGCCCGACGGUCGCCAAGAGCCUCGCUAUCUGGUCUUUGACUGCCUCAUCAUUGACAAGAAACUUCUCAUAGAGCGCACGCUGGACAAGCGGAUCGCCUACGUCAAGCAAAACAUUUACGAUCCCUACAAAAAGGCCCUCGCGUCGCGUCCGGACAUGCGUCUGCUGCAGCCAUUCAUCCUGCAGAUGAAAGAUUUCCAGUUCUCCUACGCCAUCGACAUGCUGUUCGCCACUGUGCUGCCGAACCUGCCCCACGGGAACGACGGGCUGAUCUUCACAUGCCGGAACACUCCAUACAAACAUGGCACGGAUGAGCACAUUCUUAAGUGGAAACCGCCCGAGGAAAACACACUCGACUGCCGAUUGAAACUUCACUUUCCCACCGUGGAGCCGACCCCGGAUGAGAUGGCCGAGGGUAUCACCGAGCCCUUUGUCGACUACGACUCCGUGCCCUCCGCAGACCUGCUUAUAUUUGCGGGUCGCGAGCGAGGCGCGGAUCAGUAUGAUCACUUUAAUCAGCUGUACAUCACCGAGGAGGAGUGGGAGACACUCAAGUCACUCGGGGACCCGCUCGACGACCGUAUCGUGGAGUGCAACUUGGACGACCAGGGCCGCUGGCGGAUCGUGCGAUUCCGCGACGACAAGAAAGAGGCGAACCAUCGUAGUACGAUGCAAAGUGUGCUCAGCAGUAUACAGGAUCGCGUGACGGAGAAGGAUCUGCAAAAGGCGGCGCCGGAGUGGAAAGUGCAGUACAAGGCACGCGCGGAGGAGGCGAAGAGAGCCGCCAAGCGGUGA